AUGGAUGAAAUUUUAUCAAAUGAUAGAAGUUGGAUGUACAAAAGACUUGUCGACAGUGCUUAUAAUAUAAAAUUCAUGCAAGGAAUUGAAAUAUUCUUGAUAUUCGAAACUAGGGAUAAUCAAGAAUUAAGGAUUAGAUGUCCUUGUAUGAAAUGUAAAAACAUGGUCCAUAAACAUUUGAAUGAAGUUAGGGAACAUUUUAUGCGAAAAGGUUUUGUAGAAGAUUAUCACGAUAAGAGAUGUCAUUAUGUUAAAGAUAACCCAUAUGUGCGUAUGGUUUAUAAUGCUGCUACUUUGAGAUUUUGGAACCCGUACCAAACAUCCGUCGAAGAAAACAAUGCACAUUCAAAAGAACCCUUGCCUUUGCAAUUACCCAAAGAUCCAAUUCCUCAAGCGAGACAAUUUUUUGACAUGCUAAGUGCAGCAAACAAUCCGUUGUAUCCCAGUUGCAAAAUGUAUACGCAGAUGUCAAUAAUAGGUCAAUUAACAAAUCUAAAGACUGAUUUUUGCAUUUCCGGAAGGUUGUAUGAUGAAUUAUGUCAUAUGAUGAAGAAGACUUUACCAGAUUUAAAUACAAUGACAACUGGGUUUUAUGAUACGAUGAAGCAAAUAGCUGGACUUGGAUUAUCAGCAGAGAAAAUAGAUUGUUGUAGUAACGGCCCUAGAUUACGUUUGUAUGCUUCUCACGUUAUUGCUCACCAAAUGAGAUGGCACACUGAGCACCGUAGAGCAGAGGGAGAGUUGUGUCACCCAUCAGACUCAGAGGCUUGGUUAAAGUUUAAUGUCGAUCAUCCAGAGUUUGCAUGUGAGACAAGAAAUGUAAGGCUUGGUUUGUGGACAGACAGUUUCAAUCCAUUUGGAAGCUCAGCAAAACAAUAUUCAUCGUGGCCCGUGAUUUUGACACCUUACAACCUUCCUCCAUGGUUGUGCAUGAAAAAGCCGUACAUGUUCUUGACAAUGAUUGCACCAAGUCCAAAGAAUCCGAAGCACAACAUUGACAUUUACCUGCAACCUUUAAUAGCGGAACUUAAGAUGUUGUGGGAUGACAGUAUCUUGACCUAUGAUGUAUCCAAAAAGCAAAACUUUAGUCUUAAAGCGGGUUUAAUGUGGACAAUUAGUGACUUUUCGGCAUAUGUGAUGUUAUCAGGAUGGAGUACAACGGGGAAAAAUGCAUGUUCGUAUAUCACAGAUGAUUCCAAGUCUUUUUACCUAAUAAAUAGUAGGAAGGUAUGUUGGUUUGACUGUCAUCGGAGGUUCUUGCCCAAGAAUCACUUAUUUAUGCAGGAUAGAAGGAAUUUCAUGAAUCGGGUUAAAGAGUCUGGACACGCUCCUCGUGUGUGCACUGGAUAUGAAUUGCUUGAGGAUCUUGAUAAGUACGGGAUGAAGAGGGUGUAUGAAGAGGGUGCACAAGAAUACAAUGACACUCAUUGUCCAUACACUGGAGGGUGGAAGAAGAGAAGUAUCUUUUGGGAUCUAUCAUACUGGAAGACUAACAGUAUUAGGUAUUUUCUUGAUGUUAUGCACAUAGAAAAGUACUAUCUUAAUAAUAUUCUCAAUACAAUUAUGUGUGUGGGGAAAGCGACUAAGGAUCAUCUUGCGUUGCGUCAAGAUAUGUGUGACCUCAGCAUUAGAAAUGAACUCCAUCCUGUUGGAGAUGCAAUUCCAAAGGCGUCGUAUAAUUGGAUGAUUAUCAGAUUGAACAUUGACAUGAGCAAACAGUCAAUCUUUGGGAAGAAAAGCCACGACGGUCACGUGUUCAUGCAACGGUUGAUUCCUAUUGCUUUUCGGCAGUUGCUACUUUUUUCGAUUUGGGAAGCUCUUACUGAAUUGAGUUUGUGUUUCAAAAUGCUUACAUCACUGCACCUCAAAGUGAGAGACUUAGCGAAGGUAGAAGAGGACAUACCAGUGAUAAUAUGCAAAUUAGAGAAGAUCUUUCCCCCAUCAUUUUUCGACCGCAUGGAGCACUUGCCUAUCCAUCUACCUUACGGGGCAAGAAUUGCAGGACCCGUCCAAUACAGAUGGAUGUACCCCUUCGAAAGAUCUAUAGACCUUCCACUAAAUGAUGACGUUUGUUUUAAUAACAAGAGAUCAGGUGUACUUUCUAUUUUUACACACCCAAUAAGAUUUCAUGGGAAAGGAAAAAAGAACUUACUCAGUGAUAUAGAUAUUAAGAUUGCGCAUCGAUACGUUCUCAUGAACUGUUUAGAGCUUGCACCAUUUGUUAAUCGCUACAUUACCGAACUCCGUCAAAAAUUUCAGUCAAUGCCACGUGAACAAUUUGAUGUGAUGGUUGAGGAAGAAUCACCCAAAUUCUUUCAGUUAUAUGCAAGAGUCGGGCGUUUGCAUAACUACCCUAACGGUGACAUAUUGAAGGACAUGGCCGAAGGACCGUUGAAUACUGCACAUUCAACACGGAAAGCUACAGACAAUAGUGGAGUUUGUGUUAAAUCUGAAGAUGACAAUAUAGAUGAAGAUGAUUUCUAUGGCCGGGUCGAAGAUAUGAUAGAGUUUGAAUAUCCCGGAAUGCCUAUUAAGAGGGUCACAUUGUUCAAAUUUCGUUGGUACAAUCCGUCCCGUAAUGGGUUUGGUCAUGUAAAAUCAAAGAAAUACCAAGUUAGUGGGUCACUGAGGAAUAACGGUGAGAAUAGUGCGUUCAAAGAGGAAAGUAUAUCGACUUAUGUCUAUCUCGAAGAUAUUUCUCUAUCGUCUGAAUCACGUUGCGAUCCUUCCCAAGGAUUUAUUGAAUGUGAGCCGGGUGCAUUUAUAUUUGUUGUUAAUGAAGAAGUCGAUGAAGAUCUUAUAUUAUCUAAUGAUAAGCAAAGUGAAGAUGAUGAAGAUGAUGAAACUGAUUCGGGUGAUGAAGAUUUUCAUGUACAUUAG